AUGCCUCCAGUGUGCGGGCUGGUAAUGCAGAGCACCGUUAGGCAUACGGCAUGCCUCCAGUGUGCAGUCUGGUCAGAGGAGGUGAAAGAUAGCAGUAGGUCAGAGAAGGUGAAGGAUAAAAGUAGGCCAGAGGAAAUCAAGGAUAAGAGUAGGUCAGAAGAGCUCACGGAUAGGAGUAGGUCAGAGGAGGAGAAGGUUAAGAGUAGGUCAGAGGAGGUCAAGGAGAAAAGAAGGUCAGAGGAGGUGAAGGAUAACAGUAGGUCAGAGGUGCACAAGGAUAAGAGUAGGUCAGAGGAGGUGAAGGAUAAGAGUAGGUCAGAGGUGCUUAAGGAUAAGAGUAGGUCAGAGGAGGUGAAGGAUAAGAGUUGGUCAGAGGAGCUCAAGGAUAAGAGUAGGUCAGAGGAGGUGAAGGAUAGGAGUAGGUCAGAGGAGCUCAAGGAUAAGAGUAGGUCAGAGGAGCUCACGGGUAAGAGUAGGUCAGAGGAGGUGAAGGAUAAGAGUAAGUCAGAGGAGAUAAAGGAUAAGAGUUGGUCAGAGGAGCUCAAGGAUAAGAGUAGGUCAGAAGAACUCAAGGAUAAAAGUAGGUCAGAGGAUGUGAAGAAUAAGAGUAGGUCAGAGGAGGUCAAGGAUAAGAGAAGGUCAGAGGAGGUCAAGGAUAACAGUAGGUCAGAGGAGGUGAAGGAUAAGAAGAAGGUGAAAGAUAGCAGUAGGUCAGAGAAGGUGAAGGAUAAAAGUAGGCCAGAGGAAAUCAAGGAUAAGAGUAGGUCAGAAGAGCUCACAGAUAGGAGUAGGUCAGAGGAGGAGAAGGUUAAGAGUAGGUCAGAGGAGGUCAAGGAGAAAAGAAGGUCAGAGGAGGUAAAGGAUAACAGUAGGUCAGAGGUGCACAAGGAUAAGAGUAGGUCAGAGGAGCUCAAGGAUAACAGUAGGUCAGAGGAGGUGAAGGAUAAGAGUAGGUCAGAGGAGGAUAACAGUAGGUCAGAGGAGGUGAAGGUUAAGAGUAGGCCAGAGGUGCUCAAGGAUAAGGGUAGGUCAGAAGAGCUCACGGAUAGGAGUAGGUCAGAGGAGGUCAAGGAGAAAAGAAGGUCAGAGGAAGUGAAGGAUAACAGUAGGUCAGAGGAGGUGAAGAAUAAGAGUAGGUCAGCGGUGCUCAAGGAUAAGAAUAUGUCAGAGGAGGUGAAGGAUAAGAGUAGGUCAGAGGAGGUGAAGGAUAAGAGUAGGUCAGAGGAGGUCAAGGAUAAAUGUAGGUCAGAGGAGGUGAAGGAUAACAGUAGGUCAGAGAAGGUGAAGGAUAAAAGUAGGCCAGAGGAGAUUAAAGAUAAGGGUAGGUUAGAGGAGGUAAAGGAUAACAGUUGGUCAGAGGAGGUGAAGGAUAAGAGUAGGUCUGAGGAGAUCAAGGAUAAGAGUAGUUUAGAAGAACUCAUGGAUAAAAGUAGGUCAGAGGUGGUGAAGAAUAAGAGUAGGUCAGAGGAGGUCAAGGAUAAGAGAAGGUCAGAGGAGGUCAAGUAUAACAGUAGCUCAGAGGAGGUGAAGGAUAAGUGUAGGUCAGAGGUGCACAAGGAUAAGUGUAUGUCAAAGAAGGUGAAUGAUAAGAGUAGGUCAGAGGAGGUCAAGGAUAAAAGUAGGUCAGAGGAGCUCAAGGAUAAGAGUAGGUCAGCGGAGGUCAUGGAUAAGAGUAGGUCAGAGGAGCUCAAAGAUAAGAGUAGGUCAGAGGAGGUGAAGGAUAAGUGUAGGUCAGAGGUGCACAAGGAUAAGAGUAGGUCAAAGAAGGUGAAUGAUAAGAGUAGGUCAGAGGAGCUCAAGGAUAAGAGUAGCUCAGAGGAGCUCAAUGAUAAGGGUAGGUUAGAGGAGGUAAAGGAUAACAGUUGGUCAGAGGAGGUGAAGGAUAAGAGUAGGUCUGAGGAGAUCAAGGAUAAGAGUAGUUUAGAAGAACUCAUGGAUAAAAGUAGGUCAGAGGUGGUGAAGAAUAAGAGUAGGUCAGAGGAGGUCAAGGAUAAGAGAAGGUCAGAGGAGGUCAAGUAUAACAGUAGCUCAGAGGAGGUGAAGGAUAAGAGUAGAUCAGAGGAGCUCAAGGAUAAGAGUAGGUCAGAGGAGGUGAAGUAUAAAAGUAGGUCAGGGGAGGUCAAGGUUACGUGUAGGUCAGAAGAGCUCAAGGAUAAGAGUAGGUCAGAAAAGGUCAAGGAUAAGAGUAGGUCAGUGGAGCUCAAGGAUAACAGUAGGUCAGAGGAGGUCAAGGAUAAGAGUAGGGAUGAGGAGCUCAAGGAUAAGAGUAGAUCAGAGGAGGUGAAGUAUAAUAGUAGGUCCGAGGAGCUCAAGGAUAAGAGUAGGACAGAGCAGGUGAAAGGUAAGAGUAGGUCAGAGCAGCUCAAGGAUAAGAGUAGGUCAGAGGAGGAAUAGGAUAAGAGUAGGUCAGAGGAGCUCAAGGAUAACAGUAGGUCAGAGGAGGUGAAGGAUAAGAGUAGGUCAGAGGAGGUCAAGGAUAAUUGUAGGUCAGAGAAGGUGAAAGAUAGCAGUAGGUCAGAGAAGGUGAAGGAUAAAAGUAGGCCAGAGGAAAUCAAGGAUAAGAGUAGGUCAGAAGAGCUCACAGAUAGGAGUAGGUCAGAGGAGGAGAAGGUUAAGAGUAGGUCAGAGGAGGUCAAGGAGAAAAGAAGGUCAGAGGAGGUGAAGGAUAAGAGUAGGUCAGAGGAGGUCAAGGAUAAAUGUAGGUCAGAGGAGGUGAAGGAUAACAGUAGGUCAGAGAAGGUGAAGGAUAAAAGUAGGCCAGAGGAGAUUAAGGAUAAGGGUAGGUUAGAGGAGGUAAAGGAUAACAGUUGGUCAGAGGAGGUGAAGGAUAAGAGUAGGUCUGAGGAGAUCAAGGAUAAGAGUAGUUUAGAAGAACUCAUGGAUAAAAGUAGGUCAGAGGUGGUGAAGAAUAAGAGUAGGUCAGAGGAGGUCAAGGAUAAGAGAAGGUCAGAGGAGGUCAAGUAUAACAGUAGCUCAGAGGAGGUGAAGGAUAAGUGUAGGUCAGAGGUGCACAAGGAUAAGAGUAGGUCAAAGAAGGUGAAUGAUAAGAGUAGGUCAGAGGAGGUCAAGGAUAAAAGUAGGUCAGAGGAGCUCAAGGAUAAGAGUAGGUCAGCGGAGGUCAUGGAUAAGAGUAGGUCAGAGGAGCUCAAAGAUAAGAGUAGGUCAGAGGAGGUGAAGGAUAAGUGUAGGUCAGAGGUGCACAAGGAUAAGAGUAGGUCAAAGAAGGUGAAUGAUAAGAGUAGGUCAGAGGAGCUCAAGGAUAAGAGUAGCUCAGAGGAGCUCAAUGAUAAGGGUAGGUUAGAGGAGGUAAAGGAUAACAGUUGGUCAGAGGAGGUGAAGGAUAAGAGUAGGUCUGAGGAGAUCAAGGAUAAGAGUAGUUUAGAAGAACUCAUGGAUAAAAGUAGGUCAGAGGUGGUGAAGAAUAAGAGUAGGUCAGAGGAGGUCAAGGAUAAGAGAAGGUCAGAGGAGGUCAAGUAUAACAGUAGCUCAGAGGAGGUGAAGGAUAAGAGUAGAUCAGAGGAGCUCAAGGAUAAGAGUAGGUCAGAGGAGGUGAAGUAUAAAAGUAGGUCAGGGGAGGUCAAGGUUACGUGUAGGUCAGAAGAGCUCAAGGAUAAGAGUAGGUCAGAAAAGGUCAAGGAUAAGAGUAGGUCAGUGGAGCUCAAGGAUAACAGUAGGUAA